AACCAGAUUUAGAUUUUGAUUUAUAAGGACAACGAUGCAAUAACGUAGCUGAUUCAAACUUAAAUCGCACCCAGCUCAAUAGACUCAACCAAACCCGACCCAUCAUCAUUAGCAUAUUUUCAGUCAACCAGUGAAGCUUGACUCAAAAUUAAGCGGCGCACUAAAAAAAUUUAUGUCCUCUCCCAAUCAAAGAUUCCUUAAUUCAUUCAUUCAGGUACUACCAAAAAUUCAAAAUCAUCAACUACUGCUACCAUCAAUUAAUCAAUUACUUGAAUCUUCAUCUUGUUCUUCAGCUACAACAAUGGAGGUCGGAGAAGAACUAUCAACAAUGGCGACCUUAUCAAAAUCAACGGCAGUAACAGCUUGCGUCGCCAUGACUUUGCUUUACGUCGCUAUUCUCUACGCUCCGACGCUAAUCUUCCGACUUCCUUCUCCUACUUCUUACCAGCAAUUCAUGAUUCGACGCUUCGUUUGUGCCGCCGCUUCUUCUCUUCUCUGUGUCUUCAUUUCCUCUUUUCUACUACUUCCUGUUAAGAGCUGGACAAUAGCAUAUGUAUUAAACCUUUAUGGUAUUCAAGCUGACCAUGUUUGGCAUGCAGUGAUCUUUCCACUUGCAUUGACUUCUCUUGUUUAUGCGGGAUCCCUGGUCCUUAAGUGUCUGUUAUUGUUGGAUUCAUGGAUCGAAGAUGGGAGUGAAGGCAAUACACUCAACUGUUUACAUAAUUUGCUUCACAAGAUUUAUUGUGGGUUCAUAUCAGUUGCUUCCAACAUUGGAGCUUGGCGUAAUCUUGUUGUGGCGCCAAUUACCGAAGAAUUGGUGUUCAGGGCUUGUAUGAUACCUUUGCUUUUAUGUGGAGGAUUUAAGGUGCAAGCUGUGCUUCUUCUGUGCCCUAUGUUCUUCAGCUUGGCACACUUGAACCAUCUCUUGGAAUUCUAUUUCCGGAAGAAUCAUAGCCUUUUGAAAACCUCCAUAGCUGUUGGUACCCAGCUUGCAUAUACAAUGAUUUUUGGCUCUUAUGCUUCAUUCCUGUUCAUUAGAACAGGGCAUCUAAGUGCUCCAUUAGUUGCACAUAUUGUCUGUAAUUACAUGGGACUGCCUGCAGUAUAUGCUAGAAAGAAAGGGGUAGUAGUAAGUUUGGCUUUCAUUUCCGGGACUAUAGCUUUUGUUCGUCUCAUAUUCCCCUUGACUAGUCCAGCUCUGUACAAUAAUAGGACAGAUAAUUGCCAUUGUUGGCAUGGAUAUUGUAGUUGGAGCUAGAACCCCGUAUGGAAUUUAAUUAUUGUGUUGUAAUUUAAAUCUUGGAAGCAAGAAUAUUCUUGUUUUCAUGUUCAUUGAUAAAAUUUCGAACAAAUAAGUUACCACAUUGAUCCUAAGAUUUUUAUGAUUGAAUUA